GACACAUUGGGCACACUGCAGGUUGUUCCCGACGUUUGUGAGCUCUGUUUGCACCGACCUAAAAUGUUUUCCAACAGUAAUUUGCAUAAAUCCAACAGAAAAAUAACUGAUGUGGAUACAAAACGUUUUGUGGAGGUUUUUCAACUCUGUGAUGUGGACAAAAAAGGUUACUUGAGCAGAGAGGACAUGAAGAUGGCUGUUGUCAUGCUGUUUGGAUAUAAGCCAUCAAAGUCUGAGACAAAUCUCUUAAUGACCAACUACACUUCCACAAACUUGCCAGGGGUCCCUCUGGAGCCCUUUGUGACUCUCAUGGGGAGGAAGUUGUCUGUGGAGGAUCACUUGGAGAAGACGAGGCGGAUCUUCAACGCGUUUGAUGCUCAGUGUCGUGGCUUUCUGAAGCUGGAUGACUUCAAGCGUGCGUUCAAACUCGUGGCUCCACGACUGCCAGAGAGGACUGUGCUGGAGGCUUUUCGCAUGGCUGCUCUAAUGCAGAGUGGCUCUGAACAGAAGGCUGACGUGAAAUGAGACAAGAAAGGAGCGAGAGUGGGAGAGGAGGAAGGCAAGAAGAGAUGGAAGGAUAUAAGGGGGAAAGAGA